CUAAGUUUCCGGCAAGCAAUUCACUGGCGUCUAGAGUGGGGUGGGGCCAGUCCCCGUGAGCGCAGCUUUGUGAUUGGCGGGAAGGGCAGGAGGCGGGGAUUGAUGCAGGCACGCCCCUGGCGCAGGCGCGGUGGCCCGGCGCGGCUGUCCCUGCGGAGCUGGCGUUCGCUGGGACUACGUAUGCGGGCCUCUCACUGUUGUGGCCUCUCCCGUUGCGGAGCACAGGCUCCGGACGCGCAGGCUCAGCGGCCAUGGCUCACAGGCCCAGCCGCUCCGCGGCAUGUGGAAUCUUCCCGGACCGGGGCACGAACCUGUGUCCCCUGCAUCAGCAGGCGGACUCUCAACCACUGCGCCACCAGGGAAGCCUGCGAACUGUGUUUUAAUAAUGAGUGUGCUGAAGCUGGAGCACAGAGAGGGCACUGGUGAGAGGAUGCCAGAGGGGACCAGCAGCUAGCUCACAUGAGGCCAUGAGCACUGUGAAGAUCAGAAGCUUAGACCUGAUUCUAAGGGUAGCAGGAAGCUGUUGGAGGAUUUUAAGCAAGAAAAGCUGUUGCUGUAUGUGUUUUGGAAGUAUCCCUUGUGGCUACAGCGUGGAGAAUGGACUGGAGGAGGGUGGGCCUGGAAGCUGGGAGCCCAAGUGAAGAGGCUGUUGCAGUAGCCCAGUUGAAGAAACUGAGCACAGAGGAGUUGAGUCACAUGUCCCAAGCUACACAGGGUGCAGUUAUUGGGAAGCCGGACUGGGAUCCAAGCUGCCUGAUUCCAGAGCCAAUGCCGUCACCACGCAUUGGUGUCUCCACAGCGCAAGUGCCUCCUUACGCCGGGGUGUGAUGGAAGGGCUGCUGACAAGAUGCAGAGCGCUGCCCGCCUUGGCCACCUGCAGUCACCAGCUCUCGGGGUACGUUCCUCACAGGUUUCACCACCGUGCCCCAGGGAGAGGGAAGCGCUUGGUGCUGUCCCGCAUGUUCCAGCCCCAGAACCUUCGGGAAGACCAGGUUCUCUCUCUAGAGGGCAGAUCUGGCGAGCUGACCUGUAAGAGCCAGCGACUGAUGCUGCAGGUGGGCCUGAUUCACCCGGCAAGCUCCGGCUGUUACCACCUCCUGCCUUAUACUGUCCGUGCCAUGGAGAAGCUUGUGCGGGUGAUAGACCAGGAGAUGCAGGCCAUCGGGGGACAGAAGGUCAACAUGCCCAGCCUCAGCCCAGCAGAGCUCUGGCGAGCCACCAGCCGGUGGGACUCGAUGGGCAAGGAGCUGCUAAAACUUAGAGACAGACACGGCAAGGAGUACUGCUUAGGACCAACUCACGAGGAAGCCAUUACAGCCCUGAUUGCCUCCCAGCAGACACUGUCCUACAAGCAGCUCCCGCUCCUGCUGUACCAAGUGACGAGGAAGUUUCGGGAUGAGCCCAGGCCCCGCUUUGGUCUUCUCCGAGGCCGAGAGUUCUACAUGAAGGACAUGUACACCUUCGACUCCUCCCCUGAGGCCGCCCAGCAGACCUACAGCCUGGUGUGUGACGCCUACAGCAGCCUGUUUGACAGGCUGGGGCUGCGGUGCGUCAAGGUCCAGGCAGACGUGGGCAACAUCGGGGGCACGAUGUCUCACGAGUUCCAGCUGCCGGUGGACGUCGGAGAGGACCGGCUUGCAGUCUGUCCCAGCUGCGGCUUUUCGGCCAACGUGGAGACUCUGGACUUGUCACAGACAAACUGCCCUGCUUGCCAGGGGCCACUGACCAAAACCAAAGGCAUCGAGGUCGGGCACACGUUUUACCUGGGCACCAAGUACUCCUCCAUUUUCAGUGCCCAGUUCACCAAUGUCCACGGCAAGCCAUCCCUGGCUGAAAUGGGGUGCUACGGCUUGGGUGUGACGCGGAUCUUGGCCGCUGUCAUUGAAGCUCUCGCUACAGAAGACUGCAUCCGCUGGCCCGGCCUCCUGGCCCCUUACCAAGUCUGCCUCAUUUCCCCCAAGAAGGGCAGUAAGGAGGAGGCGGCCGCAGAGCUCACGGGGCACCUGUAUGACCACAUCACAGAGGCGGUGCCGCAGCUCCGAGGGGAGGUCCUGCUGGAUGACAGGACCCAUCUGACCAUUGGAAACAGACUGAAAGACGCCAACAAGUUCGGCUACCCCUUUGUGAUCAUCGCGGGCAAGAGGGCCCUGGACGACCCUGCACAUUUUGAGGUUUGGUGCCAGAACACCGGAGAGGUGGUCUUCCUCACCAGAGAGGGUGUCCUGGAAUUACUGAGCCAAGUGCAGGUUGUCUAAACGCCCCCUGGACCCCUCCCAGUGCAUCUCACAGUCUCGGUGUUCAUUCUAAGGCUGCCUUUCUUAUACUGCUUUCCAGAGCUGGUCUCCCCAGAAAGAGGGCAGCUCAUGGAAGGUGAGACCAUGUUAGGAGAAAACCAAUUGUUAUCCAGUCAUCUGUUUGGAUUAUUUGUAUUUAAAGUCAUUAUCUUGAUCCCUUUGUCUGGCUGGCCCUGCUGCCACAUAUCAUUCCUUUUAUAUUCUAUUCGGAGGUAGUGGCUAGAAGGAGCCAAGUUGUCAUCUUGACCCUCGGGAGAGUCACUUCCCUUCUCUCAGAGGAGUUUCCCAUGUGUAGGAUGGGGCCUCCCCAGUGGCCGAGGCCCUUCCAGCUCCAGCAGUCCAACCACGGGCCUCUUGCUGCAUUCGGUCCAGAGAGACAGCCCGCCUGUCUUCCUCCAUUGAGAAGUUGGCCUGAUGGUCUGGGGAGAAGAAUCAGGACACCUGACUGCCACUGACUCACUGGAGACUUGGACACAGCCCCUCCCCUGCUGGUGCCUCAGUUUCCCCAUCUGUGAUGUGAGAAAAUGGAACUAGAUCUGUAAGGUCCUUACAGCUGUGACUGGCUGGUUCCCUGAGAGGUUCAUGACAGGCAGAUCAGAUCUGAUCUGUUCCUCUGAUCCUCCAUCGUCUAAGCUACCCAGAAGGUAAAUACAAUGAGCUAAUGGCCCCCAAACCACCUCCAGAGACCUGGCCCUUCCUCUUGAGGUGGCUUAGCACUGAGAUCAUGUUAAUAUUGAUUGAAUAAAGUCAAAACUAUUGGGAUGAGCCUUGCAUGUUAAUUGGAAACAGUGCUAACACCUGCCAUGUUAACAGUGCGGUGGCUUCCUGCCUGGAAACUUUCCUUUUUCUACUCUUUCUCCACUCAAAAAAGAAAAUUGGGUGGCUGGGAAAAUGUGUGUUAAACCAUUUCUUCCCACAAGUGUGAGGGGCGGCGGGCUUCAAGUGCCAUGGUGACUUGGUCCUGCGUGCAGAGUUGCAUCCUAGCGCCACUUACGACAGCGGUGAAUAUUAAGAGAAGGUCUCUGCCUGAGCCCUGGGGAGAACUGGCAGCGGGCUUGAGCUUUCAUUGCUCCUGCUUCCAGGAGCAGAAUCAGGUUCUCCAUCCUCGGCCCCAAGGGUCAUGGCUUGUCCAAACCGAAUAAGAAUCUCUCAGGGCCAAGCUCAAAGCCACCACCUCCUGAAACAUGCUCGGCAGCUCCUGGCAGUGGUUCUGUCCUUGGCUCCCCCUAUGCUCGCCUGCUCAGCACCGACGCCCUUCUUUUUCACUUGGCGGGCACAGCUCACUGUAUGGCGGCCAGCCUCUUGUUGAUGGUCAGCUCCCUGAGGCUGGGGGCCUAGGCUGAUUCCUAGUGCACUGAAGUUCUUGUCUCGGCCUGUUGUUCUACCUGCCAAACAGCUUCCCAGCAGCUUGUGACCACUGUUCCUGCCAGAGUAACCUCACCCCCAGCACACACCAUCAGGUUUCCUAAUGACUCCCAGGCCUGCCGCUGGGCUCUGGGCCAGCAUUCAGGCCAGGAGACAGGGAUUCUGAGAGCAAACCCAGAAAGGCUGGAUUGUAAGGCAGGAAUCUUACCCUUGGAUGCACAGUGGAAUCCCCUGCGUCCCACCCCGAGGUUCUGUUCUGGGGUGUGGCCUGGGCAUCGGCAGUUUUAAAACUCCCCAGAUGAUUCUAAUUCGUAACGUCGAUGGAGUGCCUUCUGAGGCUACAUUGCAAGGUUGAGUAUUUGAGUCAUUUCGGUUGUGCGUUGUCAGAUUGAUGUGAGCUCUCUGCUUUCAGUGGUCUGGUCAUUCAUUUGGUGAGGGCCUGCACGUGCCACUGUGCUGUGAGGCCCUUUUAUAUGCCGUGUUCGGACCUUAAAACUGUGCAAGGUAGGUGCUGUGAAAUCCUCAUUUUACAGAUGAGGAAACCUGAAACUCCAUUUAAGCAACUUAAUCAAGGAUGCACAGCUAUUACGUAUCAGAGCUAGAAUCUGAGUACUGACCAAAACCUGUCCCUGUCCCACUAUACCGCAUGGCCUCUGCCUGGACAAAAUGAUUCCAGUAAGUGAAAGAUUAUUUAUGUCUGUCCGAUCAAGUUAGCCUGAAGUAGAGAAAUUAGAAUUCGUGCAAAUGGGUGCUUUAAAUAUAUAUUUUUAAUUUUAAAUUUGUGCUCCAUAAGCCUACUUAUUUAUGGAAGGCUAGCUUAAUGUAAGAAUAAACACUUUUAAAAAUCAGAUUCAGACUUCCCUGGUGGUCCAGUGGUUAAGACUCCACCCUUCCACUGCAGGGGGCACGGGUUCAGUCCCUCGGGGAACUAAGAUCCCACAUGCUGCAGGGUGCGGCCAAAAAUAAAUAAAUAAAUACGCAUUUGCCUCAUUAAAAAUCAGACUCAGGGAAUAGAGAACUAAUUAAUUUAAAACGCACAUAAAUGUGUAUGACGCAGGAUGAUUUGAGGGUGAUGUAGAAUCAUGGACCUUUAGAAUGGGAGAACUUGGAGCGUGCCUGUCCAGCCCUCCUUUCACAGAUGGGAGACAGGCCUGCAGUGGGAAUUAACCUGCCACAACCCAUCUUACUGGCAAACCGCCUGAUUGCAGGCCAGGUGCUACGUCCCCUAAGUUAGGCUACCUUGGGUCCAUCUUGUUGCAGGGAGUGAUGUCUGGCUGAGUCAGCCUUUGAGCUACAGAAGUGCUGUAGGUUUGAAACAGGUACCCAUGCUCUAUUUUCCAAGGGAGACACAUACAAGGAGCACAGUGAUUUGCUGAAGGUCAAGCUGAACUGAAACCCAGGUCUCCUGAUUACUUAGCCAGUGUCCUGUAGCCAGGGGCAGUAUAAUUUGGUGGAAAGAUCAGAAGAUUGAAUAGACAGUCCUAAAUCCACCACUUAGCAGGGAUGUGAUCUUAGACAAACAGCUUGUCCUUUGUGCAUCUGUGUAUCUCAGAUUCUUCAUCUGUAAGAUGCGCUCAUGAUAAUGGUACCUACCUCCCUGGGUUGUCUUAAGGGUUGGCUGAGCUGACUUAUAUGAAAAGCUUAACCCUUAGUGUGCUCUCAGGAAAUGCUUCCCUUACAUGGGAUGACUUAGGAAAUACCCCCAUUGGGAGCUCAGGUUCUGCUGUUAACAUCAUCUCGAGACUUGGGUUUUUUUGGAUAUGUUGCUUCACAACCUUCCUGGGGAGAGCCACGAGCAAGAAUUAAGUAACGCCUGCAGAAUGGUUCCAUCUCCUUAGAGGAAAGACAGACAUUUUCAAACCGUGUACCUUCCUCUCUCCUUUCUGAACUUGCCAAUGUUACCUCUUGCCAUAAAUUGAUGAAAUGGGGUUGCUGGCAAAAUAACAGGUACAGGCUGUAUUAUCAUUGCUCAUUCCUUGGGGAGAUGGAGAAGCAACUGGCUGAGAAAUGUUUCGCAGAAAUAAUACUUGAGGACAAAGGCUGGUGCAUAACAAAACCGUCGUGUAAAUCAAGUUUAGAAUGUAAAUCAAGGUCUCCAGUAAUAUUCGGUGUUUUAAUGGAAGAAACACCUGCUGGGCUAUCAAUAAAGGAGCUUUGCAGAAAUCUCGAAAUUGUCAUUUCCUUAACUACUUGAGCGCCAGGCCUCUUCACAGAGCUCCCACUGUCCAUUUCUACACCUAGACGCCAGGAUGCAUUUUAGAAUUGUUAUGCAUCAAGGGCACACACAGCUUUGUUUUAGGGUUAGGAAGAGGAUUUUUUUUAAGUUUUCUAUAAUGUGGAAAAUGGGAAAAUAAAGAUUUUUAUGAUGUUACUGUGAACUUUGGGGGAAAAAAGUCAAGGUACUUC